GUGACAUUUUACUCUCUCUGGGCGCAUCCACAUUACCUAACUUAUGUUACUUUAGCAUUGUUUUCGGAAAAACGUUUAUUAAUCAGCCAGUAAGACAGUUACAAGGUUAUGACCCCAAUCACACAAUGUUGUAUCACUCUGAAAAUAGAAAAUAUUCGUACAAGGCUUAUUAUUAUUACUUCCAUUUGAGUGAAGAAUGUUUAAAUGAAAUACAUACUACAUACUCCCCAAAUAUGCAUGCAGAAAAAUCCAUUUAAAACAAUAUUGCUAAUGCUAAUAAUAUUAAGCAUGAUCUCAGAAAUGCUUUUAAAUUUUUUUUUUUAUUUUAAGAAUGUAACUAAUAGGUGUGGUAUCCCCUGCAAACAGCCAUUUUUCAAGGAAGAGUGAAAAUGGAGCAACAACACAACUUUGAAACUGGAAAUUCUCCUUUGAUGCCCAGCAUGAAACGAGAAGUACCAUCUCCUGCACCCAGCCAUCUGUCUAUGAAGAGUGACUGGUCAAUGGACCCACCACUGCCGAACUUCCAAGAAGGAAAUUCUCCUGUUAUGCCCAGAAUGAAACAACAAGUACCAUCUCCUGCACCCAGCCAUCUGUCUAUGAAGAGUGACUGGUCAAUGGACCCACCACUGCCAAACUUCCAAGGAGGAAAUGUUCCUUUCAGAAUGAAACUUGGAGCAGGUUUACAAUCCCCUGCACCCAGCCAUCUGUCUAUGAAGACUGACUGGACAGUUUUGCCAAACUUCCAAGGAGGAAAUUCUCCUUUCAUGCCCAGCCUGUUAACAGAGGACCACUUCAGGUGCUCUGUGUGUGCAGACAUGCUGAAGAACCCCGUCUCCAUCCCCUGUGGACACAGUUACUGCAGGCAGUGCAUCACCUCAUGCUGGGCCCAGCCUAACCAUGCAGGACACUAUGCCUGUCCCCAGUGCUCACAGCCAUACAGCUCCUGUCCUGCACUUAACACAAACUCCAUUUUAGCAGAGGUGGUCCAGAAGCUCCAGCACUUCAGUCCUGUUCCUCCUGCUAACUGCUACGCUAGUCCUGGAGACGUGGCUUGUGAUUUCUGCACUGAGAAGAAACUCAGAGCUGUGAAGUCCUGUCUGACCUGCUCUGCAUCCUUCUGUGAAACUCAUGUCAGGCAGCACUACACAGUUCCAGCACUUCAGAAACACACACUGGUGGAACCUGAACACCAGGAGGAAAAACAUGAUUUUAAGACCGGGAACUUUAAAAAGGAUAUUGAACAAACAUAUGAGUACAUGUUUGAAAAGAAGGACAACAUAGACGAUCUGUUGAGUGGAAAGGACUGCACAAGGACUCGGAUCCAGGAGUGUGAACAACUGUAUGGUAACAUAUGUAUGAAUCUUUAUACAUUUGAUGACCUACUGAAGCAGCAGAUGCAGGAGAUGCAGAAACUGCAGGAGCUUCGAAAAUCAUCACAGAAGCAAACUCAGCAGAAUCUGUCGGAGCUGAAGGUAAAGUGGAAAGACCAGUGGCAGGUGACAAACAAGCAGCAGGACCAGCUGGUGCAGCAUUUCCAGGAGCAGAGAAAGGAGCUGAUGAAGCAGUGGCAAAAGCAGGUGGAGCGGUGGAAGCAGAAGUGGCAGGAGUUUUGGGAGCAGAUGGAGCAGGAGCCACAGAUGAAGCAGGAGCCACAUAUGGAGCAGGAGCCACAGAUGGAGCAGGAGCCACAGAUGAAGCAGAAAAAGCAUGUAAAGCAGAAGAAGCUGAAGAAGUUGAAGGUGAAGCAGGAGCAGCAGAUGAAGCAGGAGCAGAAUUAGCAAGGGCUGCUGAAGCAGUUGGAGGAGCCUGAAAGUUCCUGAAAUUGUUGUAGAAAUGUUGUGAAAUUGUUGCAGAUAUUCAAAUCUUUCAGCUGUUGCCAGUUAUCAACAACUGCUCAUACUGUAAGCAUGAUGGAUACAUCUACGCUGCCUUCAAUGUUUCUUUGAAGGCAGCUUUUUAUACUAAUAUUUGAUUUGGACAUCCCUUGAUGCUUUGCUGCACCCAAACACUGUCUUUCUAUUCUGGACACAGCAAUAGUAUAAUAUUGUAUUUACAAGAAGAGAAAUAAUACAGUACUGUAUAUCCCCAUGUCUUAAACCUCAGACACACCGAAAAUGAAGGGAAGUAAAGUAAUAUGCUAUUUGGUUUUAUGAAACGUUGUUGAUAUCUGAGCUGAACAGACAAUCAAUUUUUACCUCUCCUUUCCAUGUUCAAACCCAAGUUCCUGUGGCCAUUACUUACCUAAUGGUCAGGCAGUCAUGGGGUCAGACCUGGUUUUGUCGGUUAAAGUUUUUUUUUUUGCAGAAUCUAGUAGACUAUGGGUACCUCUUUAAGAUUCAAGAGGGUGCCCGGUAGGGAUGCACGGAUCCGAUAUUUGGAUCGGAUAUCGGCCCCGAUAUGAACAAAAUAGCUGGAUCGGGGAUCGGAAAAAAUGAGCAGAUCCAUGGCAUGGGCCGAUCCAAAUUUUAUUUUGUUUUUAAAAAAGGCUGAGCCAUGAUGCGCAACCAGCCAUUUAGCGCCGCUGUAGCAAACAGCUCACUGCUGCGGGUUAGAGUGUGCCUCACCUCACUGUGUGCUCCGAGUGUUUAAAUUCACGGAUGGGAUAAAUACAGAUACCAAGUGUAUGUCAUGGGAUCAAAAUAAUAUCUACACUAACCACCAUUUAUCAUAGAUUAAUUACGAUCUUCAUGCGUUUUGUUGCAUUUAGGCAACACGUUUAAUGUGUAACAGUCAACACAAAAUAGGCUACUCAAACUAAAAACAUUGUCAUUUUCAUAUUUGUAUAAACUGUUCUUGGUAUCAAGACAUGCAAAUGUUCAAGUUGGCUGUUAAAACUGAUAAAACUUACAACUCCAAGUACCGUUUACCACCAUUCAAACUCCGUGUGAACUAAUUAGUUUAUCGUGGAGAAACUGAGGGACCCUACCACUAUGAGUAAGAGGGUUUUGCGGGUGACACCAUUUUGGCAGGGGUGUUUCAAUGUAUGUCACUAAUAUGGGAUUUUUAUCUGCAAAAUUGUUUUGAUGGGAGAAAAUUAAGCAUAUGUUGAGUUUCAUGUCAGCUAGUUAGAUUUAUUAUUUAGUAAUAACUGUGAACUUGAAUUUGAAUGCUGUUCCACGUUGCUGCUGGUGCACAACUGUUUAUUUUUAAUACAUUUAAACUAGUAAUAUAAUCAAUAAUGAUGAUGAUGAUGAUGAUAAUAAUAAUAAUAAUACAUUACCUUUAUAUGCAAGUGUUAUUUUGUUAGAUUUUUUCUUAGGAAAGUAAUGUUUAGUUAGGGAAAGAAUGUUUUAGUCAAGCCUGAUGCCUUAAGUCUUUUCCACAUGGUGAGGUAUACAGUUUAUAAAUUAACAAUGAUAUCGGAUCGGUAUCGGAUAUCGACCGAUACGCAGAGCCCAGGCAUCGGUAUCGGUAUCGAGACUAAAAAAGUCGGAUCGGUGCAUCCCUAGUGCCCGGUGAUAUCCCGGGCACUAGGGAGAGACAAGAAGAUUUCCGUCUUCUCUCUUCGCUACCUCUCUCUAUCGCCCUGUUAGAAAGUAGUAGGCUACAUUUGGCCUGUCACGUUUAAUUGAUUUGGCCAAUCACAAUCAAGGCAUAUGACAUCCGCCUCCAACACAGAUGAACUUGUAACGGCAGUUUGAAAUUUGUGGCGGAAAGAAGUAGCCUAUUUCUACAAACAAGACUCACUUACAUUUGCGAGAAAAAAAUUCGGCAUGCGAACGAGGAUAACAAAACAGACGCACAUGUGCAAGUGCUUCUUGCAGCCCACAAUAGGCUACGUGCAGGAAAGGCUCUCUGUACGCUCGUGUGUUUCCGAUGGAGCCAGGUGUGUUUGAGCCUGCCGCUAUUGGUAAUGCAAUUACUGUCUACACCAGGGGUACUCAAUAGGCGGACUCCGAUCCGGAUCCGGACCCAAACGUAGUGACAUCCGGACCGAGCAAAAAUCGAGAUUUUUUUUUUUCAUAGUGAUCCAAGCGAGAUUUCAUUGGUUUGAUAUUUCUACCUGUGUUUCCGAUCACUCAUCUACUGUAGCUCGCGCCCAAUCCUAAUGUCCUAUCAGUGGUUGAAUAACUUACAUCACUAUGACAACUCUUGUAGCUGCGAGCGUCUGCGAGUGGCCUAUCGGUCCAUUCCAUUGGGCUCACCCACAGGACACCACCAGAAAGCUAGCGUAAGCCUAAAACAACGAUUUACGAGCGGUAUUUGUUUCUUUAGCAAGCCAAGCAAAUAUCACGGUGUGCUCCAAAAUUGACAAAAAGCGAAAGUUGGUUUCCGAAAAUCGUGAGUUCAGACAGAGUAGCCAACGUCAGGACUGGCAAAUAUGCAUUGCUGCAUGCGGGGAGCACGAACGAAACCAAUGUGUUUAAUCUCUAACUAGCACUCCAAGAGCGCAGACCUUCGCCAAGCGCCUCCUGGAUUCCAAAUGGUGAUCCUGAUCACUCUCAAAAUGUAAUUGUUUCUUCCUUAAGAAACAAGUUAUCUUGCUAACAAACAAACAGACAGACAGAAAACAUAACCUCCUUAAUUGACGGAGGUAGCCUAACAAACAAACCCUGAUGAAAACAUAACUGGCGGAGGUAAUGAGACAGUUGCACUUGUCAAAAGUAGAAACUUGAAACGUCAUUAUGAAACAAAGCAGAAUUAUCCACAAACCUUUUAUUUACUGCCUUUUUAUUUAGCCUACUUUUUUCUAAUUUUCGAAAUGCACUGUUCCGGACCCUGGAAAGAUUACAAAUUUGGGGAGUGGACCUUUUGAGUUUCUAAUUGAGUACCCCUGGUCUACACCGUUGGAUGCUGCACCUGGGAAUCAGCACGUUACGACAUGUCCAUAUACUUUUCUAUUUCCACAUAGAUUUUCAUGAUCCUACUACCUACCCCACAUAAUAAUAAUAAUAAUAAUAAUAAUAAUAAUCUUUAUUUAUAGAGCGCUUUUCUAAACAUAGUUUCAAAGUGCUUAACAUAUGAAAUAAUAAACAGAACAAAAAAUAACACAAAAAUGAAGUGACUAAAAACAAUACAAAUAAUACCAUAACAACAUUGGCAAGAAUGAAGAGAAAAUAAAAAGUUUAUAUUGAUAUUCAUGUAUAUACAUGAAAAUAACACAAAAUACAAACAUGCCUUGUUUUAUUGUUAUUAUUGUCAUGGUUAUUUGUUGUGGAGACUUCAAAUUGUGGGAAAACAUUAAUUAACUGCCGUAUUUGAAGAGGAAAUGGUGACUGAUACCAAGUGAAAAAGAUAAACAGUUUUUUUAAUACCCUAAAUAUCACACUUAAUGCACGUUUUUCCAAAAUUGAGGGCCCUUUCGAGUGUCAAGAGACAUUUAGUACAGACUUUAAAUUGUUUACACAUGCUUACUAUGAGUUGAUCUUCCACCCUAGACAAUUUGGGGAGGCUAGGGAACAUAUUUGUCAAGAUAUUAAUGCCCAGACAUGGCAUGUGUUUUUCAAGCUGUAAAAAUGAAAGAAUUUCAAGGUCUAAAAAAGAUAUGAAGACAGAUGAUUUCCACAGAAAUAUUUCACAGACCUUGGUUUUAGGACCCAUUGAUGAUAUACACAAAGUUUGAACAAAAUCUGAGACGGUGCAGCAACAAUCUUAUCUGAUUUGACACGGAAUGACCCAUAUGCUGUUCCUGACAUUUUUAUAGAAUGUUUAGUACCGAUAACGUAACAAUCUAGCGGGAAGAAGUUUGAUACUGAUAAGAUAUUUGAGGGAGCACUUAACAAACUACAGCAACGUCACCUCUCAACGUCAAGGUGCGGGAACAGAGCAUCACGGCCAUUAGCUGUUGACGAUUGUUAGCUGCUAAUCGAGUUAGCAGCUAAGUCAACUAUAAGUUCAUAUUGUUCAUUUCAUGUGCACAUAUCUCCCACCUGAUAAGUUUUAUCCAGCUACUCCUGCUAUUUUGGUCUUUCAGGAACCACUGAGGAGCAAAACAAACAGGCAUACUGAGUUUAGCACAAACUAACAUUAGCGAUCUUGCUUGCAAAGAUAGUGUUGAAAUUUGGAGGGACAAUGACAGUGAGGUGACUUAUGCGACAAAUGUAGUCUGUUAUCCAAACGUUAUUUUAACAGCAUUUAACUGGACAAUAUUUUUGCAUUAACAUUUCAUAUUUAGUUCCUAAAUCAGCAUAUGUAAUGCAGGUCAUACAAGGACUGGGAAAAGAAGAUAUCUAUCCCCUCUCAUGUUAAAAGAUUGAUGCUUAAGGUCCCAUGGGGAAAACGGAGGGGGAAAAAUCGGGGCGUGACUUACGAGCUCUAUGGACAGUGUGGUGGUUUUCAGAUUAUGUGAUGUUUUAGUCAGAAUUCACAGGAUGCAUUCAUGGUUCAUAAGCUUUAACAUUGGGCCUACUGCCCUUGAUCUUAGUGUGGUUCAUAGGCUUUAACAUGGGGCCUACUGCAUAUGUUCUUAUGUGUUCCUGUGUCUGACAUUUUUCUGCAAACACCAGCAUCAGCAUUGGCAUCUAUUUUGGCUGAAUGUGCUUUCUUCUAGACUAACUUAACUGAUCAUCUAAACAAACCAAAGAAUGAUAUGGGAUGAAACGCCAUAUUAGGGCUGAUCCUCAUGGUCAAGGGAGAGGAGGUGUCAUCCGCUGGCAGGGUCCGAGACAGGACAAUGUGAGGCACACUGUCCUAGGCAUCAGACAACUCGCCACACACCUAAUUCGGGCCACUUUGCAACAAUCAUCCAUAAUAGAGAUGUCAAGAAGGGAGUUGCCAAGAGAGAAUCUAUAUCAUCCCACUGACAUAUCAAAAGCAAAGAAAACACAAAAAAAUUGUAUAAACUUUAUUAUACGCUGAUUGGCUAAAAGAAUAUGGGGUGAUGCGACCGGGGACGCCAAGAAAUGUGUUUCAGGUAUAUAAGAUUAGACCCCCGCCAUCACUGGUAGGACGUUCAUCAGGAUGGCCAGCGGAUGACACCUCACCUUCUCCCUAUUGUCUUGACUAUCAGCCUGAAACUUUGUUUUCGCUGUAAUAUCAUUGCAAUAUGGGGAAUAAAGAUCAACAGUCU